AUGGAAAUUCCCGAGCGUGCGACAGCGCGAUCCGCGCCGCACAACUUCCCAUCACCCCCGGGCCAACCCAACCCAACUCCAUUACCCCCGGGCCAACCCAACUCUAUUACCCCCGGGCCAACCCAACUCCAUUACCCCCGGGCCAACCCAACUCCAUUACCCCCAGGCCAACCCAACUCCAUUACCCCCAGGCCAACCCAACUCCAUUACCCCCGGGCCAACCCAACUCCAUUACCCCCAGGCCAACCCAACUCUAUUACCCCCAGGCCAACCCAACUCCAUUACCCCCGGGCCAACCCAACUCCAUUACCCCCAGGCCAACCCAACUCCAUUACCCCCAGGCCAACCCAACUCCAUUACCCCCAGGCCAACCCAACUCCAUUACCCCCGGGCCAACCCAACUCCAUUACCCCCAGGCCAACCCAACUCUAUUACCCCCAGGCCAACCCAACUCCAUUACCCCCAGGCCAACCCAACUCUAUUACCCCCGGGCCAACCCAACUCAAUUACCCCCAGGCCAACCCAACCCAACUCCAUUACCCCCGGGCCAACCCAACCCAACUCCAUUACCCCCGGGCCAACCCAACUCCAUUACCCCCGGGCCAACCCAACUCCAUUACCCCCGGGCCAACCCAACUCCAUUACCCCCGGGUCAACCCAACUCUAUUCCCCCCGGGCAAACUCCCAUAUCUAUUACCCCCGGGCCAACCCAACUCCAUUACCCCCGGGCCAACCCAACUCCAUUACCCCGGGCCAACCCAACUCCAUUACCCCCGGGCCAACCCAACUCCAUUACCCCCGGGCCAACCCAACUCCAUUACCCCGGGCCAACCCAACUCCAUUACCCCCGGGUCAACCCAACUCUAUUACCCCCGGGCCAACCCAACUCUAUUACCCCCGGGCUAA